UCCAUUUUGCUGUUUUAACGUGACAAAUUGAGAGGGUUCCUGAGGUGUGAAUACUUUUGCAAGGCGCUUCCCAUGCUGCGUCAGCCCUCUCCUCUCAGCCGCGGUGUGCUGAUCUCUCUCUGGCUGGGUGAAAAACUGAAGCCUGAAGUGGGACGGGCAAACAUAGGGGGGAAAACUCUGGACCCGUCCUGCUCUCCGCUUUUAAUCAACACAGCUAUCCAGCCGAAACUCCAGGUGGAAGGAUCGCUGCUCCUCGGUUCAUCCAGAGGAGGACUACCUGGAAAAGAUUCCGCAUGGGAUUACUUUUUAACGCGGACGGGAUUAAGUUACCUCCUCAGUGUGAACAAUAAUUCAAGAACAUCUGGCUGAGCUGCUGAACCAGAACAUCAUUCAUCAUGAUAAGAUCCAUUACUGUCAUCUUCUUCGCGUUCCUCUUGUCUGGGGCAUGCUGGGCCAAGCCUAAUGGAUCAAAGAGCAAGAAACCAAAACAAGUUGUUCCAGAUAUAGAGUGUGAUGUCCGAGCAGGGAAGAUUAACCUCCCAGAGUUCAUUGCCAGGUGUCCUGCACACUGUAAGGAAACCAAGCAGCAGGUCUACGGGACAAACAUUUUCGCCUCCAUCUCCAGCAUCUGCAAUGCAGCCAUCCACAGCGGAGUCAUCACAAACGCGGGGGGGAAAGUAAUUGUGAGGAAGAUGGCUGGACAGAACGUCUACAAAGGCAGCAACUCUAAUGGGGUGCGAUCACUGUCCCUACCUAAGUGGAGGGAGUCAUUUGUGGUCUCAGUCGGGAAACCUAAGAAAGGAGUCAUCUACCCCUCCACUUUGGACUAUGUUCCUUCAAGACCAACCUAUGUGAAGACAGGUCAAAAAGACAGCAAAUCACCGGUGUUAGCUACGCUGCCACCGACAACGACAGCACCUGAGGUCACCACGACGACCCCUGAACCGACAACCACCACAACUGCUCCCACCACCCCUGUACCUCCACCACCACCCACGACCACCAAAGCCCGGGCUGCAGCCCAUAAAGUCAGGGAUGCAGGCAGCAGUCACCCGUACCUUGCCCAUGUUUCUGCCACAAGUUCAAGACAGUCUCAGGGUGCACAAGGAAAGAGUCCCAGCCAAGUGUUCAGAGGUAGCUCCUACCCAAACAGGUAUCCACAACGUGCCAGUGCAGGUUUGCGCCGGCCAGAGGCGGGCUCAGCCAUCAGGAGGCAACCAUCAUCUCCAGUCGGCCCAGCUUUUCCCAGAAGGGACUGGCCCACCUCUUAUGCUCGUCCCGACUGGUUCCCAGGAGCACGACGGCCAGCAGAUGUUAGUUAUGCUGUUCCAGACUCAGGAUACACAUGGAGUGAGACGGAAACACCUGAGAAUCCAGCUCGGGAUCUCAGGCCUGAUAUCUCAAAGUAUGAACGCUGGCUUUAUAGCUUUGGACCAUACCCCCCUCGAUCAACUGACUUAGAUGGCAGCCAUAAAAUGCCCCUGGAUUUACCCCAUGCUAAAGUGGAGCCAGUAGAUGCCUGGAAACCAGAAGCAACCCCCUAUGAAUCAGGUUUUAGCGUGAGAGAACAAGAGCCACUACCCAGAGCACCUGAACUCCCAACAACACAGGGAGACCCAAACUGUAAGGUUGAUCUUGCCUUCCUGAUGGAUGGCAGCUGGAGCAUUGGGAAGCGACGUUUUAAGAUCCAGAAAGACUUUCUGGCUGAGGUGGCUCAGGUCAUCAAUGUGGGCAUGGCUGGGCCUAUGAUGGGCAUCAUCCAAUAUGGCGACGAGCCUGUGACAGAGAUCAGUCUGAGGACCUACUCCACCUCCAGGGACGUGAAGUCCGCCAUAGAUAAGAUUGUGCAGAAGGGUGGCCUGUCGAACGUGGGAAAGGCCCUCUCCUACAUCAACAAGCAGUACUUCAGUGAUGCAAAUGGAAACCGUGGAGGCGCUCCUAACGUAGCCGUGGUGCUUGUGGAUGGCUGGCCCACAGACAAGGUGGAGGAAGCUUCUCGACUUGCCCGAGAAUCUGGAAUUAAUAUAUUCUUCGUCACCAUCGAGGGCCCCGAUGAGAAUGAGAAACAAAACCUAGUUGAGGCCAACUUUGUUGACAAGGCCGUGUGCCGGACAAACGGCUUCUUCUCCCUUCCUGUGAACAGCUGGUUCACUCUGAGAAAGGCUGUGCAGCCGCUGGUGAAGCGUGUAUGUGACACAGAUCGUCUGGUGUGCAGCAAGACCUGCCUCAACGCCAACGACAUCGCCUUUGUGAUCGACGGCUCCAGUAGUGUGGGGACUGGCAACUUCCGCACGGUGCUCCAGUUCGUGGCCAACGUCACUCGGGAGUUUGAAAUCUCGGACACGGACACCCGGGUGGGAGCUGUGCAGUACACCUACGAGCAGAGGCUAGAAUUUGCCUUUGGACAGUACAACAAUAAGGCUGAGCUGUUGAACGCCAUCAAGAGAAUCAACUACUGGAGCGGAGGGACCAGCACCGGGGCCGCCAUCACCUUCGCGGCAGAGCAGCUCUUUAGCAAAUCCAAACCGAACAAACGCAAGAUCAUGAUCGUUAUUACAGACGGACGCUCUUAUGAUGACGUCAGGGCGCCUGCGCUGGCUGUCCAUCGCCAAGGUGUGAUCGCCUACUCCAUCGGCAUCGCAUGGGCAGCCCAGGAUGAGCUGGAGUACAUCGCCACAGACCCCGACAAAGAGCACUCCUUCUUUGUAGAUGAAUUUGACAACCUCUACAAAUUCGUCCCCAAGAUCAUCCACAACAUCUGCCAGGAGUUCAACUCGCAGCCCAGAAACUGAGGUCGUAUGUGUGAAAGAGGGUGAGGUGUCGAGAGGAGCAUGUUGGAUCAGGGUCGUCUUUAACAGAACGUUGACCGUAAACGUUCCCACUCUGCGACCCCACAGGUGUUGUUGCUGGGUGGGCCGCAGGGCCACACAGAUGUAGAGGGAGGGGUUAGAAUUUACACUUCUGGUGAAAGGUUUACAUACACACCAUAAGCAUGAAUGUCACAUCAAUUUGGGUCUUUCAAUAAGUUAUAUGAGCCAGAGAUUCAGAGUAGAAAGAUUUUACAGCAAGUAACUUCAGGGAAUUUCAAAAAUAAGAAUUAAAUGCAUGUUUUUUAAUUCAUUUUGGAUUUUUUCCAUUGUAAAAGAUGUUCAAAACGAUAAAGGCUCAAAUAUAUAUAUCUCCAAUAAUAUUUGAGUUUAACCACACCCUCAUGAUUUUUACAGCCACCAAUAAGCUUCAGCUGAAAAGCUGUGCCUGAAUAUUUGACUGCUCUUUUUAGCAGAAUUGGUUAAGUUAAUUUACAUCAAGAUUAGGGUGAGGUUGGUCCCAUUCCAGAAAACGUUGGCCUGUUUUAUCCAAUCCCAAACCCAUUUAAUGUGUGUUUGGGAUCUUUGUCCUGUUGGAACACCUAAUUGUGUCCAGGUUUAAACCAUCUAGCUGUUGACCUGAGGUGAAGUUAAAGUUUCUGAAUUUUUCCUACUCAGCCCACUUUAUAUACCAGUACCCCUGGCAUCGCCAUGUUUGACAGUCAAUUUGGUGCUUUUUGGUUUAAAGCCUCAUUUUGACUCCUCCAAAAAUAUGUCUCAUCAUUGUGGCAAAAUUGCACACUUUGUCUCUUAUUUACUUUUGUUUUCGUCCAGAAUGGAGUUUGGCUUGUCCGUGUGGACAGAUGUAAACUUAAUUCGAGCUUGAAGGUACUGAUUAUAGAGCAGGAGUUUAUUUCUUGAUCACACUGGUUUUCUAGUGGUUUCAAAUUCAGUUCAUGCUUGGGCUUUCAGAACAUCCUAACAGAUUUCCUUUCAUCUGCAGUUGACAUUUUGGGUAAGAUGGUUGAAACUCUGAUAAAGCUAGGGUUUCUAACAGGAUAUAUUAAAUAUUGAUCAUUUUAACCCUGUGCAUCUAAUUCUUGUUUUUUAAAGUUCCUUGAUGUUUGUUGAGGUGUAAUCAAUCCACCAUGAAAAAAGAUGAUUCAAGCACAUCUUUAAAGGCCCAAAAUUAUACGGCAUUUAUGCCAAUGGUAAGUUGAUGUAAACUUUUUACUGUAACUGUAUCUGAUAGUAGAUUCGGAGUUGAAUCUUAAAAUGUAUCAACACUUCAAAACACAGAAAAAUGCUCAUGAAAACAAUUGGCAUAGAGAUUGACAGUGUUGCACCAUUUGUCGGUGUCACAAAAAACACUUUAAUCUUGUUCUGUUAAACAAAUAAUACAAAUAAGUCAACUUUUUCAUUAAAAGUGAAAAUUAGGGCUGCCAAUUGGUGGGAUUUCCCUCUAGAGUUCAAUUUAUUUCCUUUUUCAUGAGUUUUUGCACAACAUUUGGGUGUAAAACAUACAUUCAUUUAAAAGUUUAUCAUUUUUAAAUUAAAAACUGAUAUAAAAUAGAAAACUAAAAGGAUGUAUUACAAUUAAAAACCUCUAGAAGGCAACCCCUUUUGUGUGUCACUAAAAAGAGAUUCCAACAUAAACUUUGCAGACAAAUGAUUAAAGCAUGCCUAACACUUCCUCUAAUGGCUUCUUAUACUUCAUAAACUUGUUAAAAUGGUGCUUUUAUAUAAUUACCUGGAAAGAGGAUACCCUCUCUUACAGCUGGUGCAUUUUGAUCUUCCAAACAAAGAUCUGUUUUGUACUCAAGUCAGAGACUAUGGUGCUAUUUAUCUGAUUCUUAUGUGGGUGUAAAAAGCAAAUCACCAGCAUGGAUGUGUGAAAAGUAAGUCUGUUUUAUGCUUUUUCAGGAAUUAAAGCAAUUUAUUUCAUCCCUUCCUGUAUUGUAAUAGCGAGUGUCUUCUAACACAUCAAGCAUUUCAAUGUUUUAAUAGUAUUUAUGAAUUGUUUUGCCUUUGUUUUCCUAUUUGUACAUACGCUUAUUAAAACGCUUUGCUUAUCAUGUUCAAAUAAUUGAUCCUUUUUUUGGCGAUUUUUAAUAAAACAAAGAGAACUUAA